GAGGUCACCUCCUCUUCUUUCUUUCCUCAGGCUCAAAAUGAACGAAGGAGCCGAGGCCAACUCGACUCGCCUCUACGACAACUGGACCUUUUCCAACAGCUCCGUGGAGUCGGUCGUCCACAGGAAAAACAUCACCUACGUUGGAUUUUACCUGCACCAGCCGCCCAUCGCAGCCAUCUUCAUCGUGUCCUACCUGCUCAUCUUCCUCGUGUGCAUGGUGGGGAAUGGAGUGGUGUGCUUCAUCGUGCUGAGGAGCAGGAACAUGAGGACCGUCACCAACCUGUUCAUCCUGAACCUGGCUGUGAGUGACCUGCUGGUGGGGAUCUUCUGCAUGCCCACCACUCUCCUGGACAACAUCAUCACAGGAUGGCCCUUCGGAAGCCUGGUCUGCAAGAUGAGUGGCAUGGUUCAGGGGAUCUCCGUGUCGGCCUCUGUCUUCACCCUGGUGGCCAUCGCUGUGGACAGGUUCAGAUGCAUCGUCUACCCGUUCAAGCAGAAGCUGACCACCCCCACUGCCACCUUGAUCAUAGUGGUCAUCUGGGUUCUGGCCGUGUCCAUCAUGUGUCCCUCUGGGGUGAUGCUCCAAGUGACCAGGGAGCAGACCAUCCGGGUGCUGCUGGGCUACGACAACAAGACCAGUCCGUUCUACUGGUGCAGGGAGAACUGGCCCAACCAGGAGAUGAGGAAGAUCUACACCACCGUCCUGUUCGCAAACAUCUACCUGGCUCCUCUCUCCCUCAUCGUGAUCAUGUACGCCCAGAUCGGCAUCACGCUUUUCAAAUCGGCGGUGACCUCGGAGGGGAAGCCGCCGGGGCACAACAACCGCCACACCGUGUCCAAGAAGAAGCAGCGGGUGAUUAAAAUGCUUCUGAUCGUGGCUCUGCUCUUCAUCCUCUCCUGGCUGCCCCUGUGGACCCUCAUGAUGCUGAGCGACUACGCCAGCCUGACCGAGCAGCAGUACAGGAUCAUCAACAUCUACAUCUACCCCUUCGCCCACUGGCUGGCCUUCUUCAACAGCAGCGUCAACCCCAUCAUCUACGGCUUCUUCAACGAGAACUUCCGCAGCGGGUUUCGAGCGGUGUUCAAGUUCAGCCUGUGCACGGCGGACGGGCAGCUGAGGAAGACCUACUCCCACCGGCUGCAGGGGAACUCGGUGCUCCCGGCCAACAACGCACAAUCCUCCCUGGAGCCUAUUUCACUCAACAGCCUGGACAAGAGCACCUCGAGGCGGCUCAACAACAUCAACGAGCAGGACCUGGUCAUGGAGGAUCUGGAGAAGGCGUCUUGCAGCAGUGGGGGUGUGACCGCUGUGUCCAUUUGAGCAGACAUAGUGUGUCUUAUGAGGUGAGAAGCAAAGUCCCCUGAGUGGACGUUGACUGCAGGUCUCCACUCAGAAGGUUGUAGAAACACUUGUUUACAUGUAGCUUGUGCAAGGCUAUUUUAAUACUGUCGAGAAAAAAGCAGAGAAAGAACACGACAAUUAGACAAUUAACACAACAGCGUGACUUCAGUGUUUGUCCCUGAAAGACAGAUUUAUAUCUGAAAGGAAACUCUGUAGUGAGGACGGGUGGACGCUGCGUUGAUAAGCUUCUGUCGGGCUCUUUGAAAAUAAAACCUGUUUGUAUAAAUGUAUAAAGAUACUGAUACUACACGUAUGUGCUGAGACGUUCACAGAGCAGAUUUCAAAAGUAAAGUAACUCCUCUAAUUUCCUCUAUAGAUUCAUUUCCUUGUUUAUUCGCACAAUUGAUGGAACAAAAAAAGAAGAAGAACAUAUUUUUAGAUGGGGCUAAAAGUCAAAAGGGCUCAAACAUCAAAUCACAGCAAGAAAAAACUUAGAGAUAAAACUUUAGUUGGAUUUUGAACCAAUCAAGUCUUUUGUUUUGUUCUCCCUGAAUCCAGAGCAGCAGCAGCCUCCGAACACAAUGGAGCCUGAUUAUUUCCUCUUCGUUACUUUAGUGUGACCUUGGGUUUAUGUUUGCUGCUCUGUGGUUAACGAAGGGGAUUCAUUUGUUUUGAUCAUCAGUGAAUAGGGAGGAGAGAGGAGCAGUUAACUUCACACUUGUGAUGUCGCUUGAAGAAAUGAGAGUUAUUAGAAGUUAUUUCUAUGAGUUCUACAUCAGACUCAUCCACACCUGUGACCACGUGUGUGUGUUUUCUAUCCAUGGUGCAGGAAGGCACAGUAAGACACAGCUCAGACUGGCUCCACUGGGAUUCAACCAGUAUCAGUCCUCUGAACUUCAAAUCCAGAAAACAUCCUUUAUUACAAUGUUUAAGAAAAACGACCAUUCAACGACUCAAAUCCUUUGAGUAGUUUCUAUCUUGAUUAAAAACCACGAAAACAUUUGAUUUAAUUAUAAAACUGUUUAACACUUUAAAACUGCAGAUAAUAGAACACGCACAGUCUGUAUCAGCUCAGAAACCACAGGGGGUUCUCACUCGAUGGGUCAAUUCUGCUGUGACACUUCUCAUUAGGAUGUUUUAGUCUUUUUAAUCAGGCCUCAGAGACACGGACAGGAGACAGUGAUUGAAUGUGGUUCAUUUUAUCCAGGCUUUUAUUCUGAAAUCUGCCCUGUAAACCUGUUCAAAGAGUAAACUCUGUCUGCUGGUGAAGAUCUCAUGAAGCCUGCUGUGAAGGUUCCACGUGCAGCUCAGAUGAACUGUUUCUGUUCUCCUGUGUUUCUCUCUCUCUGAACCGUCUCGUGCAGUUCCCUGGGGCUGAUCCAGGGUCUGCGUAUCGUCUGCUGUAAAUAUGUUACCACUGAGUCUCCAGCUUAGAUUACAAGUGAUGAUGUGAAUCUUUGUGUCUGUGUAACUAUUUGGUAAAUUCUGCCUUCUGUUCCGAGGAGUUCUACAAACUUUACGUCUCUGCUGUUGGUGGAGUUUUAGUUUUUAUUUAGUUUUUUGUUAAAAGGUGCAAAUGUUAAAAAAUGUGUGUCGAAAAAGACGCAAGAAAAAAGAAACGUGUGCGACUUUAUCGUGUGCAGAAGUGUGCGAUGGAAGUGGUGCAGCAUCUGGAAACCUCUGGAUCUGAAUUAGUGUUUGAUUCAUAUUUAGGUUGUGAUCGUUAGGAAGAGGCCUUAUAUUAGGAAAAUGAGUUUCACAGAAUGUGAACGUAUUCAGAGAAACACAUUGAAAGUGACAG